AUGGCGGAGACGGAGAUGAAUCCUGAGCAUGGGUCCAAAUUAAUCGUCUAUCGGGGUUGGCUAGAUCCUGGGAAACACGUUUGGUCUCCUUUUGUUAUUAAGCUCGAAGCUAGACUACGUUUUGCCGGCAUCCCAUAUGUUACGGAAGCUGGCUCGACACGCACGGGUCCAAAGGGAAAGAUACCUUACAUAGAAUGUCGAGGUCUGCGUCCCUCUGAGAACUCCAGCGGCUUUCAGGACCGCCCACCAAUAGAUGCGACUCUCGGCGAUUCUACGCUCAUCAUCAAACGAUUGGUUGAAUGGGAUGUCUUGCCAGAUAUCAACAGGAAGAUAUCACCUGCAAGCAGAGCCCAAGAUCUAGCUAUUCGUGCUCUGCUAGAGGACAAGCUUUAUUUUUAUCAUACGUGGGAGCGAUGGGUAGAAAACUACUACCCAAUGCGAGAUCAUAUAUUAUCUGCAUUACCCCACCCCAUGCGUGUCCUUGUGGGACUUAUCAUAUACCGCAACACGACCAAGACGUUGCACGGGCAAGGGACCAGCCGAUAUACGGCCGACGAAAUUAGAGCCUUCCGGCGGGAAAUUUGGGAAGGUAUCAAUGACCUUUUAAAAUCAUCCAGAGCCAAGGCAUCUAGCGAUACCCCUUUUUGGGUUCUUCAAGAGAAACAUCCCAGUGAAGCGGACACCACACUAUUUGGAUUCAUCGUAUCUGUGCUUGUCUGUAAAGCAUGCCCAGAGUCUCGGAGUUUAGUGAAGGGAUUCCCUAUCAUUCUUGAGUAUGCUGAGAGAAUCCAUGAUACAUAUUUUCCGGACUACUUGAAAUGGGACAAAUCUGAGUGA